CCUCUCUCCUCCCACUUUUCCCCUCAAAAAACACCAAGAACGAGUUCGGCCAAGACACCCGAAUUGCUUCGCAAUUGAGCAAUGAAGGACCGGGGCUAGAAUUCGAGCAAUCGCUAAUUGAAUCCUGCCUUACAGAGCGCAGACUAUGUCAUGCACGAACGAGACAAAGAGUACGAUGGCGGAUACAAAAAAGAGGUCCACGAAGAAGCCCAAAUCCCAUAUGAUUCAGACUCCCUAUCGCAACAUGCCGUCAGAUCAGACCAAACGCACCGACAGCUAAGACCCAGACAUAUCCAACUUAUCGGUAUCGGAGGCACAAUUGGAACUGCUCUCUACGUGCAGAUUGGUAAGGGACUGCUCAAUGGUGGUCCUGGAAGUUUGUUCUUGGCCUUCACAAUCUGGUGUACCUUCAUCCUCGCCGUCACGAACGUUAGUGAAAUCCUCACAUACCCUGCCCCAAGCAACUCCUCCCCAAUGCAAACAAGCCCAAAGCAACUAACCCCUCCUCAAGUGCAUGAACGAAAUGGUGACUUAUCUGCCAAUUUCUUCGCCAUUUAUUCGUUUUGCUGGCCGCUAUGUCGACGAGGCUUUUGGUGUCGCAGCUGGGUAUAAUUUCUUCAUUUUCGAAGCUGCCUUGGUGCCCUUUGAAAUUGUGGCUUGCAAUGUCAUUAUCCAGUACUGGAGUGAUGCUGUUCCAGUUGGUGGGAUAAUUGCUAUCAUCAUCGUCCUAUAUGCCGUGAUCAAUCUAUUUGCUGUCCAGUGGUACGGCGAGAGUGAAUUUUGGUUGGCUCUUGGCAAAGUGCUGCUCAUUGUCGGACUUAUCAUCUUCACCUUCAUCACGAUGUUGGGAGGAAAUCCUAUAAACGAUCGGUUUGGCUUCCGGUACUGGAAAAAUCCGGGGGCCUUUUCUGCAUUGUACAGAGAAGGGAAUCUAGGUCGUUUCCUAGGCUUCUUGCAGUGUCUCAUCCAAGCGUCGUUCACCAUUGCUGGUCCUGAUUACGUCUCGAUGGCCGCAGGCGAAGCUGAGAAUCCUCGCAAAGUUAUGCCCAAAGCCUUCAACGGUGUCUUCUACCGUCUGACAGCUUUCUUCGUCCUCGGCAGUCUCGCAGUCGGUAUCCUCGUCCCACACAACGAUCAAACCCUCAAAGACGCUUUCGUCAAUGGCCUUCCUGGAGCUGCUGCAUCGCCAUACGUCGUAGCCAUGGACAGGCUGAAGAUCGUAAUCCUGCCAGAUAUCGUCAACGCUAUGGUUCUGGCAUCUGCUUUCUCCGCUGGAAACAGUUACGUAUACUGCGCAUCCCGAUCACUCUUCGGUCUUGCACUCGAAGGAAAAGCACCUAAGAUUCUGACCAAGUGCACCAAGAGCGGCGUCCCGAUUUACUGUGUUGGCGUCACUCUGGCUAUUGCUCUCUUGUCCUUCCUGCAGGUGUCUAACAACGCCGCUAAAGUCCUGAGUUGGUUCGUUUCGCUUGUAACUGCAAGCCAGCUGAUCAACUUCGCUGUUAUGGCAUUCACGUUCAUUAAGUGGAAGAAUGCUUGUGAUGCCCAGGGCUUCGAUAGAAAUCUCCUACCCCAUAAGAGUUUUUGGCAACCAUUCAGCGCUUGGUAUGCGUUUACUGGGUGUACAAUUAUGGCUUUCGUUGGAGGAUAUACUGUUUUCAUUGAUGACUUCUGGAACGUCCCUGACUUCCUCUUCUCCUACAUGAUGAUCGGUGUCUUCCCCGUCAUUUUUAUAUCAUGGAAGAUCACCAAGAAAACCAAAUGGCUCAAGCCUCAUGAAGUACAACUCCGUACUGCCGAGGUAGACGAAAUUGAGGAGUACACGAGGAAUUACGUGGAGAGGCCGCCGAAGACGAGGUGGCAUGGGUACUUGGAUAAGAUCUUUAGUGCGUAGGUCUGUAGAUUGGAAGAGCAGGGAGGCGUGGCGUGGUGUGAUGAGGAUGAGGUUGGUGGGGAAGGGUGAAAGUGCUCUGAGUUGAGGAAGCAAGUGCGUAAGUAGCUAGGCAACAUAGAUAGGUAUGGAUCGAUACGUAUAUACGAAGAACGAUCAUAAAUAAAUGCUAUUAAGUACUGUAUUUGCCCUGUCACUUUAUGAACGCGUACAUGCCUCUUUUCCCUGUCUGACCCAUGCAUACGAGCCAACCAAACCACAUUCACAUCCAUCUAGACGUUGCAGCCCGCUGUGAAGGGGUUGACAUCUCCAUGACGAGCUUAGAAUCCUGUGUAUUACGUCGCAAUAGACAGACGUGUCAGUACUUCCACAUUCAAAGACGUGUGGAAAUGGCAUAUACUAUUUUCCCCCUCGUGUUUGCAUACUACAUGUCCCACAAUAACACAGAGCAAAGAGUGACAGCUUCGGGGGAGAGAGAUGUAUGUGCAGAGGCAAUGGAUCGAUAACAUUACGGUGUGUGGCUUGGUCUUUCGACGCAGUGCCAUGACAAUCAUGAUGGGGAUUGAUGAUGGAGAAUGAGACAUGUUUCACAUCACAUGAGCCUGGAGGAGUGUACCAGAAAGUGUACCAGCAUAGUGG